AUGGGUACUACCUACGAGCUUCACCAUACCCUUGUGCCUAUUGCUGCACCUACUCCCGCAGGUCCUGGCCAGCCUUCUCCUGCCGUCAACACCAUCAUCUUCUUCCAGUCCAGCAAGCUUAUAUCGGGAGAAAACGGUGAACAGAUACAGGCAAUACGGAGGCAUCAAUGGAGCCAGAUCACCCACCUCAUGGCUCUCGAACACUGGCAUACCCGAAGCUGGCACAUUUUGGUCGGGUGUGGAAAUGGAAAUCAAUUCAUGUCAGAAGCAGGGAGUCAUUUCCCACUGUCCACCUCCCCUGUCGAGUACCAAACGGUCAACUCUAUGACAGAUAAAUAUGCCCCUAUAGUACGGCUCAGUCUCAUCUGGAAGACAAAUCUAGGGGACAUUGUCCGUCACAUCAUGUUCACUGGUUCCAACGUCAACGAUCUGAGAUAUCACACGCUUCGUUACGGGUUAAUAAUCAAUGUCGAUGGAGCUACAGGGAGGAUUCUCCAUUCAACACAACUAGAAGCCGGUUCUGUCGGUUGUGUCAGCUACGCUCCAGAUGAAUUCCAAAAAGCGAUUCAAAACAUCUCCUCGGGUGAUGUAGAUUUGUACAAUCAGCCCUCGACUCCGACAGUCAGCCUCACUAUCAAAGCUGGGCAAGGAAAGAAGAUUCAAGGGCUAGCCUUUGGAGAAGACGGCGCCAUUCUCGUCUGCGGAAGUGGUUCAGGACGCAUAUUUGUUUUCACAUCCCCGAAAGGCCAACGAAUUCAAGCUCUACAACACCGAGAUCAAAGUACAAUCUGUGCUCUUGCUACUGGUUGUUCCGUCGCAGUGGAUGCACACCAAGCCCGGUCGGAGCUUGGUUCCGACUUUGCAAAGAUGCAGGAAAGCAUCCUGAAAGAGCAGGAACAGAACAAUUGCCUCAUGCUUUAUAUCAAGCGGGCCGCUAUUGUCCUAACAUUGGGCACAUCCGCCGCCGUGCUCAUGCUCCUCUACAUCGCUUUGAAACUCGGCAUAAUUGAAGAGCUAUACCAACGCUCCCGUGAGCGACUAGGACGCGUCGAUUUGUAG